AUGACAAAUCAGCAAGACGACAGACCAAGUGGACAAGACAACAUGACAAAUCGGCAAGACAACAGAACAAGUAAACAAGGUGAGAUAGAAAAUAGACAUCGAGUUUACCCCUAUACCGCUCCAUAGACAUCAUCUAUUCAUGCUUAUGACACAAGAUCAUCUUCCAAAUAUAAUAUGUACAUCAAAAAAUUUAAUCUUGAAAAACUAAGACAAGCCGUCCCAAUUUUUAUAAAAAUUAUGGAAUGAGAUGCCACUAAGAGAUACAAUGUAUGUAAAAAAAUUGUUUCAGCGAAAAUUAAUCAGUGUGCUCUUUGAAAUAUUAAAAGACAAUUUUUUAUGAUUACCUUGAUGAAACCAUGAUAACGCAAGAAAUAAAAUUGCAGAAUCCUUAACCUUAGCUUCUUUUACCAUUGCAUUGAACAAAUUUGUCUUUCUCGCUUUUGACUUUAUUACACAUAUUCUUUCUUUUCUUUACUCGUUGCUUUUCAUGUAUUAUCAGGUAAUAUCUGUUUUGGUGAUGUUAAUGUAAUUAAAAUGAGUUAAUGGAAGUGGCACGAUAGGAUCUGGUUUCAGUCAUGCAUUUCGUAUCAAUUGCUUUACAUAGAUCACAUACACGCUGGUCAUCUCGUUUGUUAUUAUGUCCUCUAAAAAGAACUCUCGCAAGCGUCUCUGUCCUGGUUGCAAAUUAGCUGCUCCUGCCCACGCUUUUGGCCUGUUGAAUAAGUUCUGCACCGAGCCCGGUACAGAGGAAAGCGAGGACGGCGCUGAAGCCAUUGACACCACUGAAGGAUCUCCGAUUAGUGCACAAUACAACCCUGUCCAACCAACUGCUAAACUACUGCAAGCAGUUACAUGGCUCUCUGAACACUGAGAUAGCCAAAAUACAGCUGGAACAGACUGCCCUCAAAGACGAAAUUAAACAUCUGGGCAAGGGAUCUCCCGAGUCCUCUCGCUGCAACACCCAAGCAACAAUGCCUGCCAUCACACUUCCAUCAGGUAAUAAUGAAUAAAUACAUGUACGUAGAUUUAAUCACUCUAUUGCCCCCACCAGCCACUACUACGGGCAACGAGACCAAGGAUAAAAAGCCAGCAACCACGGAAUCUUUUGACCAAUGGCUCGAAGCUUGGUCUGAGCACGAAAAAACAUACUUAACCAAUCCAGCGAGGUAUGCGGAGCUUGCUCAAUAUCGCAGCAUUAUCCAAAAGGCUAACUGGAAAUUUCGCUGGAAGGCAGUCUACGAUUUUGAUGUUCAAUUUUGAACGAGUCUGUCUGGCACAACUAAACAACUGGACCAAAUUGAUUCCACCCUAUACACCACUAUCCUCGAUUCCUCUGCAGUUCGUGCAGAGAGCACCUCCUGCCAACAUUGUAAGUUGGACCAUCAUCUGGUAUGAGAUUGUUCCUUUCGUACGAAACAAACGCUGGAGAGUAAAGUGUGCAACCACUGAAUCUUUUGACCAAUGGCUCGAAGCUUGGUCUGCGCACGAAAAAACAUACUUAACCAAUCCAGCGAGGUACGCGGAGCUUGCUCAAUAUCGCAGCAUUAUCCAAAAGGCUAACUGGAAAUUUCGCUGGAAGGCAGUCUACGAUUUUGAUGUUCAAUUUUGAACGAGUCUGUCUGGCACAACUAAACAACUGGACCAAAUUGAUUCCACCCUAUACACCACUAUCCUCGAUUCCUCUGCAGUUCGUGCAGAGGGCACCUCCUGCCAACAUUGUAAGUUGGACCAUCAUCUGGUAUGAGAUUGUUCCUUUCGUACAAAACAAACGCUGGAGAGUAAAGUGUCGUCGAAAGUGAGCACCUCAGCAAUGUCUCAAAGGAAAUUCGCAAAGUGGUUCCACAACAGCCUCGACGGAUGCAAUUUGUACCAGCGAAAAGCAUGUUAACAAGGAAAAGACUGUAAACGAGCCCAUGUUUGCAAGGCUUGUCGGAGGGACCACGCAAUGGCCGAUUGCAAACUCACUUCCAGUUCUUAACUCACCAUUUAACCCUUCCACUUGGAGGACUGCUCUGUAUGAUUUCUCUGAUCUCUCAUUUAUUAACGAUUUAAUCUAUGAUAUCGAAAAUGGCGGGCGUAUCGGAUACACUGGCCGCAGAACUUCCCGCAUUUCGAACAACCAUUUAUUGGCCAUAUGGAAUGUUACAUCCACUGCACUUGACCUUGAACGCAAGCUUGGUGUUGGUCGCAAGAUCGGUCCAUUUCUCACCCCUUCCGUCGAAAAUUUUGUCAGAUCGCCGAUGGGUGCUAUUCCCAAAAAGCACUCGAAACCCAUUAAAUGGUGUAUCAUUCACCAACAUCGGUCACUCAAUCAAUGA